UGGCCAGCGGCGAAGGGAUUCAGUUGCCCUUGAUCACUCGCGCUUAUUGAACCGUAGAGUACCGAAGGUUUUGGUUUUGUGUCGUCAAUAAUGGCGUUAAACGAGGUCGAAAGUGUAGCGUACCGGUGGGCCGAUCCGAUUCCACUGAAAACAUCCGUUCAGCGGAUUCGCGAGGCACUAGAAAUGGUGCUGAAUAUGAUGCUGUUCGUGGUGGAAUCGGUACCACUGUGGUGGGAAGCACUGACGAGCUGCUUCUCGGCUCCCAAGAUGAAAUCCAUCUCCGGUCAGACGGCACUAGUCACGGGCGGUGCGAACGGGCUCGGUCAAGCGAUCGCUCUCGAGCUAGCGAAGGAGGGCUGCAACGUGGCUGUGGCAGAUGUGGAUGAAGUGAAUGCCCGUGAAACGGUCGCCAGGUUGCGGAAGUACAAUGUGUCUGCCGUGGCGUACAAGGUUGAUGUGUCCGAUUACGAGGCAGUGCGACAGCUUGGGCGUGAUGUCGAGCGUGACAUUGGCCCAGUGGAUAUCCUCGUCAACAAUGCGGCCAUCCUGCCGACCAGCUUCAGCCAGGAUAGCUUACCCUCGUACAUCAAGCGCAGCAUGGAGGUCAACGUACUGUCAGGCAUUUGGACAACGCAGGUGUUUUUGGACAGUAUGAUUCGGCGACGUAAGGGCCAUGUCGUGGCAAUUAGUUCGAUCGCCGGAUACGUGGCCCCCGGAUGGGCAAAGACGUACGCGACGACCAAGUUUGCCAUUCGCGGUUAUAUGGACGCACUGGAGGAUGAUCUUUAUCUGCGAGGACAGGCCGGGCAUGUCCACACAACGACCGUCUUUCCGUUUGCUUUCAACACACGCAAGGAAGCUAUUAGUGUGCUUAAACGAUCAUCCGGAUUAACACGCAUGCCGAUCUAUGACCCGGCAAUACUGGGUAAAAGCGUUGUGAAGGCUAUUAGAACUAACCAGCGAAAGGUCAUGGUCCCAGAUGUGGCUAAACCUUACCAGUUGGCAAUAUUUGACAAUUUGCCAAUCAAAGUUAGAAGGCUGCUAACAGCCACUAUGGCGCAGGGAGAGGUUAAGCUGUUGGAUUAGUUACUGUGCGUCGAAUGUCGAGGAUUCUAGUAAGGCAGCAAAGAGUUCAAAACGGUAAAGGAACAGC